GAAACUCGCAAUUGUCGAAAUACAACUUGGUAGUUCGUUAUCGUUCAGACUGCAGCCAAUCAGGUUCAGUGUCAACGCGAGUCAUGCUGAGAAUCCGCCACAAUUUUGCCAUUCCACGUCGUACGCUGGGAAACGGUUUCGUCCUUCAUUCCCGUUCACAGAAUGUAUGAGGGCACGCAUCCUUUGACCACCAAUCACGGGGACUAGGAGCGACCUUUCCUCCCUGGAGUCAAUAAGAGACAGCAAAUCUUGGGGACAGCGAAUUCGGCAUAAUAUUUUCAAAGCAGCCUUCUUGGUCUUCACUCAGAGGACUUUUUUCUGCCAAGCUCGUUCGGCAGCCAGCCAUGGCUGCGGUCAUAAUUUCGUCGUUCCCCCAACUUCAAACCAUCCCGGCAGCAAUAUCCUCGUUGACUACUGGCAGAGUCACCCCUGCUGUCACAUCCGUUAUGAUCACUCGCCGACGCUCGCAACGCAUCCGGAGCUCGUCAAACGGCGAUAGGAACGUUUCAAUUACGGCGUCUGAAGCAGCCGAGCGACGAGAGGCGAAAUUGAGGGAGCUUAUAGCGGAGCAGGCGGCGCUGGAGAAGGAGGAGGAGAAGCCGUACAGAUUUGUCGAGGGACGAAAGUACUAUCUUGAUGAGCUGGACAUCCCGGGAUUCCUGGACGGCUCACGGUAUUUACGGCCGUCGGAUCCGGACGCUUACAAUCCAGCAGCAUUCCUGUGGAAGAAGAUCGGGGACAUUCCCGAGGAGAGGCGCCAUAGACUGCUGGACCUGCUCAAACCCCAUCACUUCACCCUCAUGUGGGAUGCGGCCGGCAAUCGCUUCCAGCUGGAGCAGGAAGACGGGGAGGAAGGAGCGGAUCCGGUGACGUCAGCAGGCGGGAUGCUGCCUGACGUUGCCACGUCAGCGCCCCUGCAACCGGAAAUAUGGGAUGGGAGGGUCAUGGGAGUCCCAGGUCCCCUUUCAUGGCUUGGCAGGUUCCAAAAGUCGUUCUUUGUUGGCGCCGAUGGGCUGCGAUAUGGCCGUGUCAUCUCAGGCGGGCCCCUCUUUACUGGACUCUCCAAUACAAUCACACCGCUGUAUUUCCGCAUCCGGGCGGCCAAUCGUGUUCUGGCAACGGACGAGCCGUGCGACCUCUCCUUUGACUACGAGUCCGGGCAGCUCCACUUGAAAGAUAUCGGGCUGCCCGAAGGCUUUCCAGUCCCUCGGCCCCACCCGCCUAUUUUCGAUGAUGAUUUCAGAGACUAUGUGCGGGCAGCAGGGCCGGGGGUGGUAGUGGGGCAGUCGUGGCAGGAGGGGAGAGACAUGGAUGCAGAGCCCAGGCAGUUUUUAGGAGAGUUUAUCCUCGUUAGAAGGCACCCUCACCAAGUGAACCCAUGAUACAAAUAAGAAUAUUACUUUUAU